UCGUCUCCUCCCUCAUCUCUCAAACACAGGAAGUGUCUGAUUUAGCGAUCACUUCGCUGUUAAACACUCUAUUAAUGUGUCAGUAUGGGGUCCAGUGCACUGUCUCUCAUACUCUUGCUGAUGUCCUUCAUCCACGCUGGAUUCACUCAAGAUUCACUCAAACUGACUGUGACUCCACACACUGAUGUAUUCACUGGAGAGACGGUCAGUCUGACCUGUGAGAUUGAGUCUGAUCACAGUGACUGGAGAUAUGACUGGUGUAAACAAGAGAUAGAUAGAUGCAUAUCAGAGUCGUCUGAUCGUUACACUGUAAAAGGAAACACUCUCACUAUCAGAGGAGCUGCUGAGUCUGAUCAGGGUCAGUACUGGUGUAGAAGAUGGAGAGAUGGAGAACCAGACUCAGUACAAUCAAGCUCUAAUGUUUCUCUCUCUGUAAAGGAUUCACCCAAAUCUUCACUGACUGUGACUCCAGACAGUCCUGUAUUCACUGGAGAGAGAGUCACUCUGAAGUGUGUGAUUGAGUCUUACAGAGACUGGAGAAGGAGAAAUGGUCUGACAUAUGACUGGAGAAAUGACUGGACACCUGACUGGAGAUAUGAGUUUUAUAAAGACAGUGUAAUACUAAACACGUCUGAUCAUUACACUGUAACCAGAGACACUCUCACUAUCAGAGGAUCUACUGAGUCUGAUGAGGGUCAGUACUGGUGUAGAGGACAGAGAGAAGAAAGACCACAAUCAUCUCAAUCAAGCUCUGAUUCUCUCUUUGUUGUCGAGAGACCAAAACCAGUAUUGAAGGUGACUCCGGAUCAGAGUGUGUUCAGAGGAGAGAGAGUCACUCUCAGAUGUGACAUACAGACAGAAAACAUUCAGUGGACAUACAGCUGGUUUAAAUAUAGAUACCGUUACUAUCCAACAACAACAACAACAACAACAACACCAGAGUACAGUUUCACAGCUGAUUAUGUGUCUGUCAGUGAAUACAGAUGUAGAGGAGAGAGAUCAGACUCACAGAGAUCAUCAAACUUCAGUGAUGCUGUGAAACUGACUGUAUCAGAUUCACCCAGAUCUUCACUGACUGUGACUCCAGACAGAACUGUAUUCACUGGAGAGAGAGUCACUCUGAAGUGUGAGACUGAGUCUUACAGAGACUGGAGAUGGAGAAACGGUCUGAUAUAUAACUCAGGUUCUACCUGGCCGUAUGAGUGGAGAUAUGAGUAUAAAAGCAGCAGUGGAGUUGUUCAGAGUUAUACUGUAAAUGGAGACACUCUCACUAUUGAACAAUCUAAAAUAUCUGAUGAAGGUGAUUACACUUGUAAAGGAAACGUAGAAGGAAGAUCAGUCUCAUCAGAAUCAAGCUCAGUUUCUCUCAAAGUGAAAGAUCUGAAGCCAAAGCCUGAACUCACAUCAGAUCCUGAAGGAGCUGCACUGACAGGAAACACAGUGACUUUGACCUGUCUCGUGAAUCUGGGCACUGGAUGGGACUUUUACUGGAACAAACACACACUGACCUCUGAGACAAAGACAGAAACAAACUCCUACAGAGUGAAGAUUGAUUCAGUGUCUGAUGGAGGACAGUACCGGUGUAGAGCUGGAAGAGGAACACCAGUCUACUACACACAUUACAGUGAUGCACUGUGGGUAAAUGUUACAGAGAGCCCAAAAGCCGUGGUGACGGUACGGCCUGAUAAACACGUGUUCAGAGGAGAAACAGUCACUCUCAGAUGUGAUAUAAAGUGGGGAGGAGACACUGAAUGGACGUACAGAUGGGAAAUAGAGGGAACAGACUGGUAUAAAGACUCUGCUGACCGAUGUACAAAAGAGUGCAGCAGCAGUGAAACAGAUGAUCAGAAACACAGAAAUGCUGUCAGUUGGUGUUCAACACAAGACUUGAUCCUCAGCAGAGUUGAAGACUUUCACAGCGGUAUCUACACCUGCAGAGGACAGAAUAACACUCAAUGCUCUCAGCGCAGUGAUGCUGUGACACUGAAGGUUUCAGCUGAAGCUCAGGCAGCAGUGCGAGUGUCUCCACAGCCGUGGCUGACUGAAGGAGACUCAGUGACUCUGAUCUGUGAGGUUCCAGGCUCCUCUACAGGCUGGACGUUCAGCUGGUUCAGAGAGGAUGAUGAUGAUGAGGAUGAUGGUCUGUCAGACAGCAGCAGAGGAGCUGGAGACUCUUACACUCUCAGUCCUGCUGCUCUACAGCACACAGGAGUUUAUACGUGCAGAGCAGAGAGAGGACGACCGGCCUUUUACACACACAACAGUAGCACACAGCUGCUGUGGAUCACUGGUAAAUGGUCGCGGGUCUCUCUGAAGGUCAGUCCCAGCAGAAGUCAACACUUCUCGUCUCACUCUCUCUCUCUGAGCUGUGAGGAUCAGAGGAGCUCUUCUGGAUGGACAGUGAGAAGAUACACAGACAGAAAAACUGAAGAUUGUUCAAAACAAACAGGAUCUAGAUGUCGAAUCGACUCUCUCAGCACAUCUGACACUGGAGUUUACUGGUGUCAGUCUGAAUCUGGAGAGAAACAUCAUCCUCUCAACAUCACUGUACAUAAUGGUGAAGUGAUUCUGGAGAGUUCUGUUGAUCCUCUGGUUGAGGGAGAUACUCUGACUCUACGCUGUUUACAUCGAUCUACAAACUCCUCCAUCCUCGGAGCUGAUUUCUAUAAAGACGGAUCACUUCUCCAGAAUCAGACGACAGGAGAGAUGAACAUCACGACUGUCUCAAAGUCACAUGAGGGUUUCUACUACUGUAAAACACAGAGAGGAGAGUCACCCAAGAGCUGGAUCUCAGUCAGAGCAGCUUCAUCUUCUCUUCUGAUCACUGGAGUGGUUUUGGGAUUGUUGUUCUUGAUCUUGAUCUUGAUCUCUCUGCUGCUGCUCUGGAGAUUCAAGAAGAACAAAGAUCAGCAGGGUAAUAUUAACCAGACAUCAGUCCUUAAUCAGGCUCCACCAGAAAUCUCUACUCUACAGUCUGGUUCUGAUCAGAUUUGUGACGUUGUGACUGAAGUGAAAAAAGAUGGUCCAGAUCCGCUGGCAGAUGUCACAUAUUCAGAAAUCACUGUUAAGAAAAAAAAAAAGAAAAAGAUGGACAAAGAUGAUAGCAUGGCAGAGCCAAAUAACGUGACAUACUCUGAAGUAAAAGUAAAAAAAUCCAAAAGCCGAGAUAUUAAUACCGCAGGACCCAGUGAUGUGAUUUAUGCACAGAUUGAUUUACAGGACAAAAAGAAAACCAAGGGCAAAGGUGCUGGACUUCAUGAUUUUUUCAUUGAAAUGAAAUCCAAGGACAAACAAAGAGGAAAGAGCGGUGAGUCUGGAGACACUGUGUACUCAGAACUGAAGAACAACACGGUCGGAGGUGCUGAAGCUGCUGAUGCAACUUACGCUCAACCUAUCAAGAAGAAGAAGAAGAAGAAAACACGUGUCUGAAGACGGCCGACGAAGAAAAGAUUCUCAGCAGACACAGUAACGCUGGCUUUGCUUAAAGUAACUGCUUGUGCGUGUGCUUGAUUUAGAGACGCAUACGCUCUGUAUUAUCUGCAAGUUUUUUUUAUUUCACCAGUGAGCACUUAAUACAGCUCUAGGUGAAACUGCUCUAAAGUUAUUAAUAUCAUAAGAUCGCCGUGCAGUAACAGUAGAAUAAAAUAGCGUUUGAUUAUUAGAUACAAUGUUUUUUUGUGUGUGUUAAGGCAAUGAAACUAAUG